UUUUCCAAAUUGCAUCCCCGGUAUAUAUACCGAGAGAGACGGGGUUUUCAGUACAGUUGUUCAGUGCUCACUGUCAAAACUUCAACGAUGAAGUUUUUGAUACUGCUGGCCCUUGUGGCCUUAGCAAGCGCCGACAAAAGGACUGCGAGGUAUCCUAAGCCAAGUGUGCCGCCCCCGCCUCCGCCCUCCUUCGCAUUCGAGCCCAAUAACCGGGAUUUCAUCGCCUCGGCGUCGGCGAGUUUCGGUGCCUCUUCUUCGGGAUACCCUUACCCACCCGCACGACCUUAUCCCGAUGAAUCGGUGUCGAUAGCUUCUCCGGCACCGGUCAUCCCGCACGCCACCUACGGUAUUCCGGAUAGAAGCACGCCGGUCUUUAAUGUGCCGCCCCAACCCCCGCCGCCACCUCCUCCUCCACCACCCCCGCCUCCACCUCCUCCUCCACCACCCCCGCCACCAAGGCCUGCACGCGUCUACGGCCCCCCUCCUCCUGCACCGCCUCCACCCCCACCACCGCCUCCUCCGCCACCUCCACCCCCACCUCCUCCGCCACCCCCACCCCCACCUCCACCGCCUCCAAUACCAGCACGAGAGUACGGUCCUCCGGUAGUCGAAGAACCCGCGCCAGUCUAUGGACCACCGGAAAUAGCAGCUCCACCGCCGCCACCACCUCCACCCCCACCCCCACCACCUCCUCCUCCACCGCCACCGAGGCCCGUACCCGUCUACGGCCCCCCGGCCCCGUAUCCGCCAGAAACGUGCGGGCCUUCAAUAGUGAGAGAAUCACCAGAGCCUGAGCAACCGUUUGAACAACCAUCGCUGCCCGAUAUUCCACCACCACCUGAACUAACGCCAUUCGCACCGUACGAGCCACAGAUUUCUGAACCGGGUCCAGUGGAACAACCGCCGGAAUCAAUUUACCCGACGGACGUUAUCGACGUGCAGGAACCCGAGCCAAUCGUCCGAGAGCCACUGCCUAUUAUUCCGGCAGCACCUUCUCUAACGCCUUUCUCUUAUAACACGCCGGAAGCACCUCCGCAACCUCAAUUCACUUAUGGGGCGCCAGAUAUAUCCCAGGAGGUCACUUCCAAUCAAUUUGUUGAGCCACGACCUGUCUUACCGAGGAUUCCUCCUCCUCCGCAGAUAGCCCAAGGUCCGUAUUGA